GCGAGUCACCGCAAAAACAGAAUGGAAGAACAGUUUAACCGGCAUCACGGGGCAAAUACGCGCUCUUUCAGCAAAGGCCAGGGAGUUUUGGGUCUUGACCACAGCGGCAGACACCCUACGCAGAUUCCAGGACCUACCUUCUGCCUGCGAGGCAAAUUGCUCUACGAGGUGCAAAUCGGCUCAGCCAGGUGGAUACGACACACAAAACAAAUCCGGCCAACCGAUGCCCAGAUCCCGGCCACAGGACCGACUAUGCACUUUAUACUUGCAGUCGUGUACAAACAACUGUGAUUCCUAUGGUUUGGAAUUUUGCGGAAAGCAGAAGAGGGCGUGGGAUGAAUGUAAACGCGUAGAAACAUCCAA